GCAAUGGAGGGAAGAAGGAUAAGCAUGGUGGUGGCGAUCUUGGUAGGACUAACAAGUAUUAAUGUGGGAGGGGUGAAGGGGCUUAGUAAUUGUGACGCAUAUCUGGAUCCUUGCGACGGGGAUAUGCCGACGGAGGAAUGCUGCAACUCCCUGAAUACUCUGGUGACGAAGGACGUCCCCUGCUUCUGCACCCUCACCCAGGGAGAUAACGUCACCCAAGACGUCCAACUUAUUCAGGAUGCAUGCGGCAUCACAGUCCGUCCCAGCAUCUGCUCCAAAGGUCACAAGAAUGAAGCUUUCAAGAAUGAAGCUUUCAUGCCAAAGUGGGCAGUAGGGUUAAUUCUUCUAUGCAUCAUCACAAUUAUCAUCCCCGGGAAGUGAUCCAGACCAUCUUCAGCUACAGCGUCCUGAUCCAUCUUCUCCGGUUUGAUGUUUCUUUGGGUGUCUUCCAUCUUGUGUAAUGUUUUUUAUGUUCUUGUUGGGGUGUGCUUUUGGUUCUUUUGUCCUUCAAGAAGUUGACUGUAAAUCAAAUAAAGCAUA